UGACGUCAUAGAAACAAAGCCAUGCGCGGUCGAUCGUGCGACCGCGAAAGAAAGCGUACGGUCCUGGCCGCGAUCGCAUCGAGAAAACGUGACGUUUACAAAGUAACGUUUAGGCGCCCCUCGUAACUCUAUUCUCGUCAAAGAUAACAACGCAACGACGAGACGCCAGUGUUGUUCGGUGUGCUUCGCGUAGGCGAGCGCGACGACAUUAUCCUCUUUUUCUCUCCCUCUUUGUCUCUAUCUUUACCCAUCAUUCUUAUCUCUUUUCUCUUUCUCUCUCCCUCUCUCUCUCUCUCCUUCCCUCUUCCUCUUAUACGUUUUCUUUGUGUCUUCCUUCUUCUCUUCUUUUAUUUACAAAAUUUGUAAAGCCAAAACAGGUAUGCCGUUCAUAUCAAAAGAUUGGCGUAGCCCUGGAGAAGAAUGGGUUAAAACGGUCGAAGGUUGGGAAAAGAAAAAGAUACUCGAAUGUGCGAAUAAUAAGACGUUAUCACUUCUCCUUCGAGCAGCUGUCAGCUGAAAAACGACAGGUAUGUACGUGAAAUCACAUUGUACAAAACGGCAGGACCUGUUCUCUCGAUACAAGGACAGCGUCGAAUAACGGAACAGACGGUAUUUCUGUUUUCGAGGUGAAAAAGAUGCAAGUGACAAGAAGGAGAAGGAUAGAAAGAAAGAAAACGCCGUCCAACCGCAUUGCCACAUCACGUUGAAGUGCACACGUGAGGUGAGUGACUCCUUCCGCAGAUGUCUUUAUUUUUAGCACGGACUUGUGAAAGAUGGAAGAAAUGGAAUUGGCCUCUUAAAGAAGGCGAUCGUUCGUCUGUCAUGCUUUCUAGAGGGUGAAAAUUGUAUGAAGGGAGAAGAAAGGAAAUACAACGGGACCAAUGGUCUACGUUAGAAAUAUUAUCGCUGGUUUUAAUGGAUUAAGUGACGCCCUGAAGAGACUAGAUUUUUUAUCAGCAGUACAUGACUGUCGUCGAUUUAAUUACAUCGUAAGACUUUUGGAUCUUCUAGUUAGUCACAGAAUGGGUGGUUUGAGUGGUUGUGCACAACGAGUUCUUUUCAAUAUGUUAGAGGAAGUAGCGUUGGAAGUAUCCUUAUCGCAACAACAAACUGGAAGAUUACGACGAUUGAUCGAAAGAGUUAGAGCCUUCAGUGCUGGAUGUUGUUGGGGUGGAAGACCUCUAGGCUCUGUAAUUUUAUGGGAAAAACAUAAAGCAGCUUUGGAAAGAAUCUUACAAAUUGCCUCGUCUAUCACUAUAACUCAGCCGGAUGAAGAACAACAACCGCAAUGGUCAGAUUUACCUCCAGAAUGUCGUAGAGAAGUUCUUCUUCGAUUAAGCGAUCCGCAAGACAUUGAAGCAUCGUCGGAAGCAUGCGAACAUCUCGCAGUUUUAGCUCAAGAACAAAGAAUAUGGCGAGAACUUGCUCAGUAUCAUUUCACUCCACAACAAAUAGCUACUACCAGGCAAAACAAUCCAGGGAAAGAUUGGAAAACUAUAUUUACUAUUGCUAGAAGGUCAUUCGGUUUGCGAGAAGAAUAUGCAGAGAUGAUACAAUUGUGCCGCAAUUGUCGUUGUUUAUUUUGGAGAUCACUGGGCCAUCCCUGUAUCGCAGAUCAGGAUCCAGCAUUUCAAGAGAAGUUAGCUGAUGUAGAUCAAGCUUCUCUUCAUGUUCCAAUCCCUCCUCAAACUUUCCUAAAGUUUUUUUCACUGUGAAGGCCUUUUGUUAAGUGUCUUGUAAACAGAAUAAUUAGAUAUACAGCUGCAUAUGUGCGCAUAUGUAUAGUAUGUCUGUGAAGAAGUUAAAAAAAAAACGUGAAUGAGAAAAACAGAAAAGAAAGAAAAUAUAGAUCAUAGGGAAAAGGAAAGAUAUGUAACAGAUGUGAUCGAAAAACGAAUACUUCGAAAUUAUAUGUAAAUGAUAUAUCUAGCAAAAAAAAAAGAUAUUUAAAAAUUCUAUUAUACAUAGAGAUCUUAUCAUCAAUAAGUUAUAUUCAGUAUAUUAUGAUUGCAUAUCUGAGAAGUUUUUAGUCUAAAGUGAAACUUCAGACGUGCGAAAUUCUUAGAAUGCUUCCUUCCCUUAAAAGUUAUAAUGGCAACUACUUCCCAAAUUGCAAAGUAUAUUUCUGUAAUUUUUAAAAUUAUAAUAGUUAUAUUGACUAUGAUAAUAAUGGAUGAUAAGUGCUAGUCGUAUUAAAAUGUUGAUUGUUAGAUAUAUUGUAUGUGUGUUCCAAAAAACACAUAAAAGAUAUCCAACUGUAAAGAUAGGCUUUCAGGAUUUUUAUCUUCCUUAAGAAAAUCUAUCUAUGACUGUCUGUUCUUAGAUACUGCAUCAUUUUUAUGUAGUAAAUUUAUAUAAUUUAUCAUUUAUGAAAUCAUAUUGUUUUUAUUCAAAAGAUAUCUAUUAUAUUAACUAAAAUAAUCCUGCCAAGUAAAUCGUAAUGAAUUUGUUUGAAAAAAGAAUUGGUUGCAAUUUGAUUUUUUUUUUUUUUUUUUUUUUUUUUAUACGCGCACGCGUGUGUGUGCAUGUGCGUGUGUAUGUAUGUAUGUAUGUAUGUGUGUGUAUAUUGUUUGUAUUGUAUUGUAUUAAUAGAAUGUCGAAGUUCAUUUUUUGUGAUUUAUCUUAGUUGAUACAAUUUUAUAAAGUUAUUGCAUAGCAAGCAUAAUCGAAUUUUAAAAGCGUACCAAGCUACAUUUUUAUAAAUAUUUUAAAAAUAUUUAAUAUGUUGUAUAAUGUAAGUCUAAUAUUUCGUAUAAAAACAAAAUUGGCAUAUUUGCUAAAAAUACCUUUAGUACUACUGAAAGCUUUUUUUUGUUACAUUUAAUUGAUAUUUGAAAUAUGAUUGUUUUUAUCUCAUAAUCAAAAUUUAUAAUGCUAGUUUUAUUUUAACAUCCGCAAGUGUAUAUUAAAAUUUUAUGCAUUUUUUUUUAUACACUAUAUAUGAUAAUAGUAAAGAUAUAACACAGAGACGUGCAAACUUUAUGUCAAAGAAAAAAAUCAUUCAUUACUGUUAUUCGAUUAUUCCUAUUUAAGUAUGCUCACUUGAUACAAAUUUUUCCUUUAAGAAUGAUAUAUUAUCAUGAUAUGAUAAUUCAAAUAAGCAGUGAUAUAUACUGAAGAAUAUGGAUAUGACUAUUGUGACAAUUUGUUAAAGGAAAACGAAAGAAAGAGUUGGGAUAAAGGACAAUUGACUAUAUGAAAAUUUUGUACGUCUCUGAUAUAACAUAUCUUGAUUCUCAUAAAUAUUUGUUAGUUUUCUAUUUAUAUAAAAUACGUACUAACAAAUAAUUUAGUAAACUUCGAUUUUACAAUAAGCUAUGUUAGAGUUACAUUUUAUUGGGGAGACAAUUUGUAAACUGUCUUCAUAUGUGCAUAUAUGCAUAUAUGUUUUGUUAUAUGCAUAAAUAUUAAAUUAUGACAUAAAACACAAUCAUACACUAAGAAAAUACAAACAAAUCAUGAAGUAUCUUUUUUUUAAGUAUAAAAUACUUCAAUAGAAAUAUGUAAAUAGUGUAUGAACUAACUAUUGCAUUCUGUAUAAUCGUACAAAAUGAGAUCCUAUUUACACUGCUCCGUAUACAUAUGUAUUCAUUUAGGAUGUGACGGGAAAUUUUAAAAAUCUGUAUAAGUUAUCAUCAAUAUAAGAGUAUUAUAAUUGAUUAAUCAAGGAAAAGAAAAUUAUACUGCCAAUAUGGAUGCUAUUGCAUUUACAUGAAUUGAACAAAUUGUUUAUAAAAUUUUCAUUUAGAAAAAAUGUUAUUUUUUUAGAUAUUUCUUUUUCUAUUCAUGUAAUCUUAAAAUUGUUUCAUGACCUACAUAGUUUACUAACCUAGUCAUUAUAAAAAGUUCUCAUUGAAAUCGAUCGUACUUGAUUAUAAUAUUAUAAUUAAUUACUCUAAUUUUUUGGCAGCUCGUUAUGAAACUCCAAAACGAAUUAAAAUUAGUAAAUCAUAAUUAAGAGAAGUGAUUCUAUGAUAAUAUUUAUUUUAUCUAUAUCUAAACUGAUACAUGUACAGCAAGAUUGUACAAAUUGCAAAAUAAAAUUUAUUUAAAUAUGUA